AUGCAGGCCUACAGCUGCGUGGAGUUGUUUGCGGGAAAGGCCUGGGUCAGCCGCUGCUUCAGAUUGGGCGGGCUUCCUACAGCGUCACUGGAUGUCCAAUACGGUGCCUCUCUUCCGGAUUUUGCUUCGCGGGCCAUGGAUCUAACCACGACUGCUGGAAUGUCGUUGGCCAUUGCUACAAUUCUGUCUGGACGACAGGAUCGGUUCCUCCUGGUUGCAGGGCCCGUUUGUGGCUCUUUCGUGGUAGCAAACUCAGGAACUCACGGCAGGACAUUAUCGGACCCGCUGGGGCGGGACUGGUUUCCAUCUGUUCGUGCCGGAAAUAUGCUUGCUUCUCGGACAGCGCUUCUCAUCGCCCUCGCAUCUUGCCACGGAGCUGCCUGGUAUGGAGAGUUCGAUGGUGGAUGGGAUGCUAUGGUGCUAAGUCCUGGUAGGAAAGGUUGCUCGUUUAGCAGCAUGGGUAAGAAGCCGGUUCUUGAGCGUGCUCCGAACCGACAGUGGAGUUGCAACUCUCUCGCGGCAGCCAACAAGAGUAUGCUUCGGGGAGUGAAGUCAGAACCGACUCAAGAGGAAGACCUGGAUGCUGAGAUUCAGGAAGUCAAGAAGCAGCUCGCACUGCUGGAAAGAAAGCGCACCGCUAGUUUCUCUAAGCAGGAAGAUGCCACCUCGGAGGCGGCGACGCAGCCAGCUUCACCCGAAGAGCUUGCGAAGAUGGGCCGGGCAACUGCAGUCAAGGCUCCCCCCAGCAAGAAGGCCAAGGUCCCUCGUGUUGCAGAGGAGCAGGUCGACCCAUGCGUUUCCAAGGCUCGGGAGGCUGCAAAGGACCAGGUCCUUCGCAGACUGUGCGAGAUGAAGCCGAGCGGCAAACUUAAUGUGCCGUUGGAGGUGCAUCAGCAGUGGAUGCGAGGAGGAGCCGACAGGUCAUACAUUGCCAGUGCCGUGGCUUUCUGUGAAAAGAAAGGCAACGAGAAGCUGAUCAAGAAGGACAAGUACAACAGCAAGAUCAUGAAGUACAAGGUAGACGUCGACUCUGAGUCCGAGGACUACGACCACGAGGAGGAGAAGGAGGAGGGGUCCUCCGAGCUCAAGUUCAAGCGGCUGGGUGUCCAGCGGGUCGACAGCGAGGAGGAUGACGAAGAGCCUGACAAAGGCAAUGGAAAGGGCAAGGGCAAAGGUGCGGUGGAAAUUACGGCCUUCAGACAGGAGGAGAAAACCUUCAAGAAGUUUGCAGAGUCCUUGCUCACCCGGGCCUCGAAAGUGUCAGAGCUGCAAACUACUGUCGACUCCUACAAGGAAGGAAGCAACGAUAACGAGAAGAAGAAAAUCGAAAAUCACUGCGUGCCAGGUUGGGACCCAGGUGCUGUGGUUCGGAAGCUGGCGAAGCAGGCCCCCUGCAGCCACGCUGUGGAGAUGGCCAAGGCCGCUGUUGAGGACUCACCGAAUGAUAUAAAUUCUAUGCCGCCUGCUUUGAUAGAGUUUGCAAAGAUCCGUGAGAAAGAUGCGGAGGAGGCUUGUCACAAACUGUUUAAGAAGUACCGUUUGACGGUGCCUGUUGCGAUAGAUACCAUCGAUGCUGGAAAUGCAGGGGAGCUGAAAAAGCUGCCUGUGGUGAAGUUUUCAUCAUGGGCGAAAUACCUUUUGGAUUGCGACAAGCUUGAGCAACUGGUUGGUGUUCCAGAGAAUGAAAUGGAGCCAAUGCUAGAAGAGUUUUGGCAGCGCUACAAGGUGCUCUACCCGGAGCACCAGCUGUUUGUUUUGGCAGAAAACGAGAGUUUGCAGUUGCGGCGAACAGUGCCCGUUUUUGCACACGUGGAUGAAGGGAGGACAUACAAGAGCAAAGCAUUGCUCAUAUUGUCUGUGCAUGGUUGCCUUGGAAAAGGAACACGUAGCUAUGCCACAAGAUAUGUUCGCAAACCUCACAUCAAACAGGACCCCAUGGGCAUGAACUAUAUUGGUUCAACUUGGAAGACACAUUUUACUUUUGGCAGCCUUUUGCGCAGCCUCAUCAACGAGGAUUCUUCAUGCCUGGACAAGCUGAUGGCUGCUUUUGGGUCUGACAUGACCGAUCUGGCCACGCAGGGUGUUACAAGUGAGAAUGGAGAGAAGCGGCUCUGGAUCCAAAUUUUGGGGGUGAAGGGGGAUUUGCCUGCCCUGGGAAAGAUUGGUAACUUCGUGCGCAACUACAGCAGGGUGCCGAAGAAGCCGCAGUCAGUGAACCCAUGCUUGGGUAUAUGCUGGCUUUGCAGAGCUGGCCAGGAGCAUCCUGUUCACAUUCCUUUCGAGGAUGCCAGGCCGGGGGCGGACUGGACAAAGACACUUUUUGAAGACCGGCCAUGGAGUGUGGAGCCGCCAGUCCUGGCGGCGAUUCCGGGCUUGCCAGACAAGCCCGAAGCAUUCUUUAUGACAGAUUUCUGGCACAAUUUUCACAAUGGUGUGGCUAAGUUUUGGGUGGCCAAUGCACUGGUCACUUUCGUCUUUGAAGAGGGCAUGAUCCCAAGACGGUCGAUCGAGAAGAAGCUGGAGUGGAUUUCAGCUGAUUUUCUGAGCUACUGCGAGCGAGUCAAGAUGACACCGUUUCUCAAAGAGUUUACGCGAGACAACCUCAGCCUGGAAUCUUUCAGGUCGUAUCCGCAGGGCUUGUGGAGCAAAGCAGAGGUGUCCACCCAAACAAUGCUCUACGUGCAGGACUUUUGCGAGAGAUUCGUUGAUGAAAGAACAACGGAUAAAAUCCUUUCGGGAAUCGCUUCUUAA